GCGAGUCGAUGAGUCGGCGCAGGAGCGUGGUGCGAGCGCUCGGCGUCUGAAGGAGGCGGCUCGCCGUCUUCCGCGUCCGGGCUGGCAGAGGUCGCUCUGGAAGAGCGGGAGGGAUCCUCAGACCCUGUUCAGGAUGCUGUGCUCGCUGCUCCUUUGUGGAUGUCUGUUGCUGAGAACUGGUUAUGCUCACGAUGAUGACUGGAUUGACCCCACAGAUAUGCUUAACUAUGACGCUGCUUCGGGAACAAUGAGAAAAUCUCAGGUGAAAUACGGUAUAUCAGAGAAAAAGGAAAUGAGCCCUGACGUGUCACAUGCAGAGGAAUUGUCCGACUGUUUGAACAGACUUGAUUCUUUAACUCACAAGGUUGAUGAUUGUGAAAAGAAGAAAAUGAAAGACUAUGAAAGUCAAAGUAACCCUGUUUUUAGGAGAUACCUAAAUAAGAUUUUAAUUGAAGCUGCCAAGCUUGGACUUCCCGACGAGAGCAGAGCUGAUGUGCGCUAUGACGCUGAGAUCCUCCUUAGCAGACAGACUCUCUUGGAGAUACACAAGUUCCUCGGGGGAGAGGAGUGGAAGCCAGGAGCCCUGGAUGAUGCACUGAGUGAUAUUUUAAUCAACUUUAAGCAUCAUGAUUCAGAAGCAUGGAAGACCUGGCGAUUUGAAGACUUUUUUGGAAUAGAUCCUUAUGAUGUGUUUAUGGUACUCUUGUGUCUACUCUGCAUUGUGGUAUUGGUGGCUACGGAGCUGUGGACGUAUGUUCGCUGGUACACGCAGCUGAGACGUGUUUUUAUCAUCAGUUUUCUCGUCAGUUUGGGAUGGAAUUGGAUGUAUCUAUAUAAGGUAGCUUUCGCUCAGCAUCAGGCUGACGUUGCCAAGAUGGAGCCAUUACACAACGUGUGUGCUGAGAAGAUGGACUGGACUGGAAGUCUCUGGGAAUGGUUUAGAAGUUCGUGGACCUAUAAGGAUGACCCAUGCGAAAAGUACUAUGCGCUCUUAUUAGUCAACCCAAUUUGGUUGGUUCCACCAACAAAGGCUCUGGCAGUUACACUCACUAACUUUGUAACGGAACCAUUAAAGCACAUCGGAAAAGGAACUGGUGAAUUCAUUGAGGCUCUCAUGAAGGAGAUUCCAGUGUUCCUGCAGCUUCCGGUGCUUGUAAUUAUAGCGUUGGCUGUCAUGAGCUUCUGCUAUGGUGCUGGGAAGUCAGUUCCUGCACUGCGACACAUAGGUGGCCCUGAAAGAGACCCUCCUCGAGCGCUUGGACCAGACGACCGAAGGCGGCAGAAGGAACUCGACUAUAGAUUCCGUGGUGGAGCAGGUGAUGCAGAUUUCUCUUAUAGGGGCCAAGCUGGCUCCAUUGAGCAAGGCCCGUAUGAGAGAACGCACGCAUAUAGAAGAGAUAGUUUGAGACGGAAAGACAUUGACAUGAGAUUUCACACUGGCAACAAGAAUCCUGAAGUGCUUCGGGCGGUUGAUUUACCUGACGCAGAGGCACAAGAGCAUCCAGAAGGUGCAUCCAGACAUAAAUCAUCCAUUGUGACGACAAAUCUUAAAGAGCUUGGCGAGCUCCCGGGAGAAAGCACCCCGACAGAACACAGCCAGCCUGCCAAAGCUGUCUCUGGCCAAGCACCCGCCACUGCAGAAGGCUCGCCCGCAGUGGAGAAGGCCCCGCUGAAGACAGCCGCUACCGAGUGCAGCGCACAGGGAGGCAGCGCACACAGCGCAGGAGCUGCAGCCGCUGCAUGCGGGACUGAUCUUGUCGGCCGCCCCUGUGGCUAA